GCCACUCCAUCCUCUCGCGGCCCCCACUAAAGAUGGCGGCCCCAUUCGGCCCCUCGGCCCCGUGCUCAGGGCGGAAGCGGCGGCGGCGGCGUCACCGCACGGGCCCGGCCGGGGCCGCCGCCUCGGAAGCGAUUCCCUCCUUCAAAAUGUGGCGGGUUUGAGGGGCUCGGCGGGAGCGCUCGAGGCCCAGCGGGGCUGGUGGGAUUGGAUGGAAAGGGCCUUCAAAGUAGGAACUAUCCUUGUGUCCUACUUGCUGCCGACUAGCUCCUUUGCUUUGGAGUUCAGUGACCAUGGGGCCAUCAAAAAGAGAAGAGGAAGAGCAGAGCAUCAUCCUGAUCAGUGAUGAUGAAGCUGAGAGCACCCUUGGGAGUUCAGUUCUGUUGGUAGACCCAUUGGAGAAAUCUGCCUCAGGAGAGGAGAAAUCUGAAGAAGUUGUGGACGAGGAAUGUGAACUAAUGGUUACUUUUUGUAAACAACCAAAAGUGAUGCCUCAUGCACGAUAUGACUGUACUACACACCCAUUUGAACGAACAGAAUGCGAUACAUGCUCGCCCCUUGGAAAAAAUGCUGAUAUUUGUAAUCAAUGCUACUGCUAUGUUUGUGAUAAGCUGGCUUCUGAGUGCCAGAAUUGGACAACGCUUUCCCUCUGUCACUGCAAUGCACACAACAAAAGCAAAUUCUGGAAGGAACAGCGUGAUUUUGCCUUGGCUGGCGUUCUUGUAAUGUUCAAUUUGGAGCUCACAGACAUAGAUGCAGAUCUUCGGCAUGGUGGAAAUCUGCUAAUAAAGUUUAUCCAGGAACUUUCUGUGGAAUAUAGUAAGUAUCUGGUUGGAGAGAGAAUGCCUCCCACACAACAUGAAUGCUUCUGCCUCCCAAAACUGCCGCCUGGGCAAUGCAAUAUCUGCAGAUCACGAAACAUGGAGGUUGUAUACAAGUAUUCCGGAGUUUUUUCACUGGUAACAAGAUUUUUAAAUCAGGCAGAAAAAGAGAGUCCUAAAGCUGCUGCUGUCAUGUUUCUGGGAGCAGCUAAAGAGAUAGCGCUUCAUAAAGAUCCUGCUUUAAACUGGCAGAACCUUGGUCAUAUGGCAUCACUGAAGAUUGCUGUCCCUUGUCUAUUGCAAAGGAUCACAACCCAUCUUCAGAGGAUGCUGGUGUUGUGUGACUUCCCAAAAAACUUGUAUGAAAAGUUUGUAAAUUUUUUUCAGUCCAUCGCGCUUCCAUGUCACUGUUUUGGCUUCUCAAACAGCUUGAAUGUUGUGCCAUGGGACCAUGGAUUACUGACCACAGUUUUAAAGGGCCAGAACAUCACUGGUCAAAGAACACAGAAAGGAAGAAAAGUAUCUCUGUGGGAAACGCUCCCUGUGAUAGAGGCUCGAGUGGGGAGAUUGGUAGACAAAAAGAAUUUUAAAGAAGUUGUUCGCUACCUGAAAGCUGUGAAAUGCAAUGAUAUCAAAGGAUUAAGAGACCUUCGAGAUAAAAUCCCAUUCUAUUUGUGUAAAACCGGAGACUUCCUCGAUGCUGCGCAUUUGCUGUUGUUUCCCAUUAGCAGCCUCGCCUGCUGUUCUGCCUGCCGGAUAACACCGAUCCAGUUUGAGAUAUACCUGAAGAUCUUCAGAACAGGCAGUGUCCCCACUGGAAAAGAAAUGCUAGACACUGGGUCCUGGAUAGCAGUUGGGCCUCCCAUGAAAGACAGUGUUCUAAUUAAGCAGGCACUCAGGCUCCUUUACAGCAACGUGUCACUAUACAGAAAUCCUAAAUGCUGGAGUUCCCUCAUCAUGAUCUUGGGGAGCAGUAACGUGCUGGAAAAGAGUGGGCACCUACAUCCCCUGUCCCUGAAAGAGCCACCGCUUGACUUCCAAAAGGGCGUGCUCGCUGCCAGUGGUGACCUUCUGGAGGAGCUGAAAGCAAAAAUCAAUGUUUCUUUACCACCUGCAAUUUUUUCUUCUCAGUUGCACCACGAGGCUCGCCUUAUUAUCGCAGUGCAAGCAGUACAACAGAUGCUUUUUUCUGAUCUUCAGUACUUGAAUUCCUUUUUAGAGAUAGCCCUGGCUUUUGGGAAUAACUUUUGGGCUCUGAGGCUGUUACUGGACAAUCUUUCCUAUGAAGAACACAUUCUCCAUGGCAUUGUCAACCUGAUUUUAAGAGAUCUAAAUAGUCAGAAAGCAAUGAUGCUAAAACUGUGGCAAAACCUUGGUCCCCAGUACGUGGGUGAGUUCGUUUGCCUGUUCCUGACUUGCAGACACAAGAAGAUGCAAUCCAUUGGCCUGUUCACUCUGAACAUUAUUACAGAGAACCUCCAUGUGUGUCCAUGGGCAAAGCAUCUUUGCAACUUCUUUCACAAUGCUGGAUUAAGGCACCUGCCUCUUGGCACCACAACUCACCAUGAAGUCUCAAAGUUCAUAAACAUGUUUGAAAAACUGUAAUUUGCCAAAUCUUUCAGGAAUAUUUUCCAGUUUGUUUUAAUCUGAGAAAUCCCUCCCUGGAAUCUCUUGUGUUCCACUUUGGUUGUGAUCUCCAUAAACAUUCAACUAAAAACUGACUUCAGACAAAUGCGAAAAGGAAAUCUCAGGUCAAGGUGGUGAGCAGUGGCUGUAUUUCAGCAGCCUUGCUUUGGAAGUUUCCUUUCUUGCAGGCCCAUGGAUUAAGCAGUUGUUUAGAGAGGGAGUGGGUUUAAGCUUUUGAAAAAGCCGAUCUGUGGAGAGAUGGUGAUCAGAGGGGAGUGAGGGAGAGAAACAGGGACUAAACACAAAGCACCGUGAGUGUUUUAUUUCUGUUGUGUUGCACAGAUGCGCUGUGGGCGAGAUGUGUGCAGCGGAACGACUGAGAAAGCAACUGAUAGCAGGACAACUGCCCCUCUCCAGGGGCACAGCAGCGCGCGUUGAGCUGCUGCUCGCUUACCCUCUGUUCUUUAGUGUACAGUUAGAAAAGUAAACCACUCUUGAGGCUGAAGGACAUUAACUCAAGCCUGUCUUCUUCCUUCAGGAAACCAGAUGCAGGAAAGCCCUGUGCAGUAAAUAGUUUGACUUGUUUGUAAACAAGAAAAUUAGGGGGUUCCAGCUGUGGGACUUUCUUUGUUCUCUACUAUAGGUGACUUAGACUGAUGCUGGUGGCUCUCUGGGUUUCUCAAAUCCUUAUUCUAGUGGUAAGGUUAAGAGUUAAUUUUUGGACUCUGGAAGUGGAAAACUGUUUCCAGCCUAGUUAAUACUUUUCUCCUUUGCCCUGAUGUGACAUCUGCCUAUGUAGUUUGGCUGUCGGGGUAAAAUCUGAAUGUGAUGGUCUGUAUUUUGCACAUUUAAGGGUUUUGGUGGCUUUUACAGCUUUAGUUACUCUAAAUAAGCUACGCUGAUCAAUUUUUCUACAAAAAUGUACAUGUAUUAAAAUCAACACAGUGUUAAGUAAUAUUAAAAAUUGUAUUAUGUUUUAA